UAGCCAUGAACCCGGUGCAGAGACCCGAGAUGUUCAUCAUCGGUGCCCAGCCUGUGUGCAGUCAGCUUCCUGGGCUCUCCCCUGGCCAGAGAAAGCUGUGCCAGUUGUACCAGGAGCACAUGGCCUACAUAGGGGAGGGAGCCAAGACGGGCAUCAAGGAGUGCCAGUACCAGUUCCGGCAGAGGCGGUGGAACUGCAGCACCGUGGACAACACCUCUGUCUUCGGCAGAGUCAUGCAGAUAGGCAGCCGCGAGACCGCCUUCGCCUACGCCGUGAGCGCCGCGGGCGUGGUCCACGCGGUCAGCCGCGCCUGCCGCGAGGGCGAGCUGUCCACCUGCGGCUGCAGCCGCGCCGCGCGGCCCCGGGACCUGCCCCGCGACUGGCUGUGGGGCGGCUGCGGGGACAACGUGGACUACGGCUACCGCUUCGCCAAGGAGUUCGUGGACGCCCGGGAGCGGGAGAAGAGCUUCGCCAAGGGGUCGGAGGCGCAGGGCAGAGUGCUCAUGAACCUGCAGAACAACGAGGCCGGCCGAAGGGCUGUGUAUAAGAUGGCCGACGUGGCCUGCAAAUGCCACGGUGUCUCAGGCUCCUGCAGCCUCAAGACCUGCUGGCUGCAGCUGGCCGAGUUCCGCAAGGUGGGGGACCAGCUGAAGGAGAAGUACGACAGCGCGGCCGCCAUGCGCAUCUCCCGCAGGGGCAAGCUGGAGCUGGUCAACAGCCGCUUCAACCAGCCCACGCCGGAGGACCUGGUCUACGUGGACCCCAGCCCCGACUACUGCCUGCGCAACGAGACCACGGGCUCCCUGGGCACGCAGGGCCGCCUCUGCAACAAGACUUCGGAGGGCAUGGACGGCUGCGAGCUCCUGUGCUGCGGCCGCGGCUACGACCGGUUCCAGAGCGUGCAGGUGGAGCGCUGCCACUGCCGCUUCCACUGGUGCUGCUUCGUGCGGUGCAGGAAGUGCGCCCAGGUCGUGGACCAGCACGUCUGCAAGUAGCCGCGGCCGCCCGGCCCCCCCCACUCCGCCUCACGAGAGCCUAUAUUAUAGAAGUCUAUACAAAUCUAUUAUAUAUUUGUGCAAAUGAACGAUGGACGCUAAAUAAUUAAAAGGUGAAAAUGAAAGGAAAAUCUUAUUUAAGAGAUGCUGGAGAUCUUUGCGGACUGGCCUUCGCUGGCUCCUGCUCCCACAGGGUGGGCGCCAGGGCUUUUCCUCCCCCUGCUGAGGACUCCCGGGACGCAGGGGCUUGGGAACAGGUACUGUCCGUCCACCGUGGCCUCGGGAGAGAGGCCGUGGCAAGCUGGAGGAAACGACUGUGUCUGGAAGUCUGGAGUCUCUGUCGACCGGAUGACUGCAUGCGACCCGGCCACCAGGCCAGCAGGCCCUGUGCAAGGAAGGUGGCGGGAACUCGGGUUCAACCCUGACGUCCCCAGGGUCUUGCCCAGAACAUAGACAGGU